CCCAUCCCGCCUUCAUCUUCAAUAAACACCAUUCAUCUCAGAUAGAUUGUCCCUUCAUCCCUCUCCCUCUAUCUCUCAAUCCAUAACAAAAGUAAUGAAUUUGCUCUCUUCUUUUCUAACUUCAAAUUUUCUUAUCUCUUUUCACCAUUUCUAAAGCCAAAGCUCAAAACUUUUUCUCAAAUGGAGGGUUCAAUCUUCCCCAACAGGCCUCUUCAUCCAAGCACUCCAAUAAAAAAACCAAUUCCACCAAACCCUCCUCUCAAAUUCAGCUCUGCAACUCUCCCUCUCCCUCCCCCUUCACAAUCUUCUCCUUCUUCUUUCCCCUUAGACUCUCUCCUUCAACAACUUCACCAUCUCUCUUCCCCUCCCAACAACUCCAAACCCUUCAAGUCUCUCCACAUUUCUGCUCAGAAAAGGCUUAAAAAUGUGAACUUGAAGAACCCCACUUCAGUUUUGGCUCCAAAGUUUGAGGACAAGGAAGCUGAGGGUGUGAGUGAAGAUGGGGGUCUUGAUUUUUUGUCCAGAAAGGGUAAUUUGUUGUUUAAUUCAAUUAUGGAGUGCCCUUUGAAUGGUUUGAGUGAUUUGUUUGAUUCUUGUAAGUUUGAGUUGCUCGAAGUUGAUUUGGUUGGUAUUUUGAAAGCAUUAGACGUUUCAGGGAAUUGGGAAAGAGCCCUUUUGUUGUUUGAGUGGGUUGUUAGGAAUACUAUUAUUGAAAAUGAGAAAGUAGAUAAAGAGGCUGUUCAAUUAAUGGUUAGAAUUCUUGGGCGAGAGUCACAACAUUCAAUUGCUUCAAAACUUUUCGAUGCAAUUUCGAUUGAGGAGUAUUCUUUGGAUGUGAGGGCUUAUACGAGUGUUCUUCACGCGUAUUCUCGGAUGGGGAAGUAUGAGAGAGCAAUAACUUUGUUUGAGAGAUUGAAGGAGAGUGGAUUGAGUCCUACAUUGGUAACAUAUAAUGUCAUGCUUGAUGUUUAUGGGAAGAUGGGGCGGUCGUGGCAUAAGAUUUUAGGUCUUUUGGAUGAGAUGAGAAGCACGGGACUUGAAUUUGAUGAAUUUACUUGUAGUACUGUCAUAUCUGCUUGUGGGAGAGAGGGUUUGUUGAAUGAAGCGAAAGAGUUCUUUGAUGGACUGAAGUUGCAGGGAUAUGUACCGGGAACUGUAACUUAUAAUUCUUUACUACAAGUAUUUGGGAAGGCAGGGAUUUAUUCUGAGGCCUUGAGUAUUUUGAAAGAAAUGGAGGAUAAUAAUUGUCCCCCUGAUUCUGUGACUUAUAAUGAGCUUGUGGCUGCUUAUGUGAGGGCGGGAUUCUGUGAGGAAGGGGCUGCUUUGAUAGACACCAUGGCCAGUAAAGGAGUAAUGCCGAAUGCUGUUACCUAUACUACUGUAAUAAAUGCGUAUGGAAGAGCAGGGAGAGUGAACGAGGCUUUAAGUCUGUUCGACCGGAUGCAGGAGUCGGGUUGCGUUCCUAAUGUGUGUACUUACAAUACUGUUCUUGGGAUGUUGGGGAAGAAAUCAAGAUUAGAGGAGAUGGUGAAGAUACUCUGUGAAAUGAAAUCCAGUGGAUGUACGCCAAACCGUAUUACAUGGAAUACUAUGCUUGCUAUGUGUGGUACUAAAGGUAUGGACAAGUAUGUGAAUCUCGUCUUUCGAGAAAUGAAGAGUUGUGGUUUUGAGCCUGAUAGAGACACGUUCAACACUCUGAUUAGUGCUUAUGGUCGCUGUGGCUCGGGAAUUGAUUCUUCAAAAAUGUUUGAGGAGAUGAUGAAGGCUGGCUUUACUCCAUGUGUUACAUCUUAUAAUGCACUUCUGAAUGCUCUGGCUCGACGAGGGGACUGGAAAGCAGCGGAAUCUGUCAUUCUUGACAUGAAAGCUAAGGGCUUUAAGCCUACUGAAACCUCGCACUCAACGAUGAUCCAUUGUUAUGCGAAGGGCGGGAAUCUGAAGGGUAUAGUAAAUCUUGAGAAAGAAAUUUACAAUGGCCAUAUCUUUCCUAGCUGGAUGCUUUUGAGAUCCCUUGUUCUUGCAAACUUCAAGUGCAGAUCACUAGAGGGUACGGAGAGGGCAUAUUUAGAACUGCAAAAGAAUGGAUACAAACCUGAUUUGGUUAUCUAUAAUUCGAUGCUUUCGAUUUUUGCCAAGAACAACCUGUAUGACCGGGCCCAUGAGAUGCUGCUCUUGAUCCGUGAAAGUGGACAGCAGCCUAAUCUUUUCACCUACAAUAACUUGAUGGACAUGUAUGCCAGAGGGGGAGAGUCUCAGAAAACAGAAGAAGUCCUUAGAGGACUAAUAAAGUCUGGUGGAAAGCCUGACCUUGUUUCUUAUAACACUGUUAUCAAAGGAUUUUGCAGACAAGGGCAGAUGCAGGAGGCUUUAAGAAUUUUACAUGAAAUGACCACUGCAGGCAUUCGACCGUGCAUUUUUACUUACAAUACCUUUAUAGCAGGCUAUGCUGGACAGGGAAUGUUUACGGAGGUAGAUGAUGUGAUUAGCUCUAUGUUUCAGCAUAAUUGCAGACCCAACGAACUGACCUAUAAGAUUGCUGUGGAUGGCUAUUGUAAAGCAAGAAAAUAUAAGGAAGCCAUGGACUUUGUAUCGAAAAUUAAGGAGAUGGAUAAGUCCUUUGAUGAGGAAUCAGCACGAAGACUUUCUUUUCGUGUUCGCGAGAAUUUGGAAUCAUGAUUUUCUGAAGUAUUCUUAUUGGGUUCUUUUUGUUUAAUA